UUUACGAGGAGGUUAUGGUACCGAUAACAAAACAUUACUCCGCGUCGUAAUGCUUCAUAUUCCUCCGUUUUUUGAUGUUGUAAGAAACUCCAGUAACCAUAUCAUCAAACUUGGAGGAGUUAUCGCUCCAGUUCUUCAAUGGUUCUCUCGCACCAUGAAUGUCAAAUUCGAAAUUAUACCAGACAACAUAUUCACCGUCGAGGAUAACGCUGCCGGAAAAGGUCUUAUGAGCUAUAUCGUUGAAGGGAGAGCCGAAAUAUUAUUAGGAGGGGUCGUUGCGACACACAGCCGUUUCCAAAAACUCAACUUCCCUUAUCCGCUUGUUAUCAGUCAAUUUGGUCUUGUCAUUCCGAUGCCGAGUUCAGAAGUGGACGUCAAUGCUGUUUGGAAACCAUUCCAGGGACAGAUCUGGAUCUUUUUGGUGGCCUCGAUGACGGCAACUAGUCUCUGUCUAUACGGCAUCAGCCAUUUCAUUUCGGAAUUCAUGAAGAAUUCAGAAAGGAGGAACAAUCAAGCUCAUUUAGGCAAACUUUUUGAAGAUAUUGGCCGAGCCUUUCAGUAUUCCUUUGGAGUUAUUUUAUCUCAGGGUCUGCUAGCUCAAGGUGGAACGAGCCGCGAUCAAAGGUUGACCAUCCGCGUUCUGGCCGGCACUUGGUGCGUUGCUUGUUUCGUUCUGGUGACAGCCUACAGUAGCGUCCUCAUCUCAUUUGUAACGUCACCUAAUUACAAGCCGUUAAUUCGAUCCGUUCACGACAUACCCAAAAACCCACAAAUCAAAAUCACUGUCAACCGAGGAUGGUCUCCAGAUCUUAUUUUUUCGAAUGCAGCCGAAGGUACUUUCAAAUAUUUGGGAGAUCAGCUAAGAAAGGAACCCGACUUACGUUGCAGCGUUACCGAGGAAUGCUUGGAGCGAGUACGAAAAGGAUCCAGCGCUUAUGUCCAAGAAUAUAGAACCGUGCAGUCAAACAUCGGCUUGGAUUUGAAGAAAACUGGUAAAUGCGAUUUUACAAUCGCAAAGGAACUCUUCUUUAGCUUUGGGGCCGGCCUGGCAGUUGCGAAGAAUAUGGACAUUGAACAUUAUAACCGAGGAUUGUUAAAGGCUCACCAAGCUGGAUUGUUAGAUUUAUGGUUCAAACGAGAUAUGGUCGAUGCGUCCCGUUGUCUGAAUCCAAUGGGUGAUGUGGCCUCCAACAAACAGCGAGUGACACUUGCUGGUUUAAGCGGAGCCUUUGUCGUCCUGGCCUUUGGACUCGCAUUGUCCGUGUUAUGCUUUUGCGGUGAAUUCAUCUCUAUAUGCGAUGAAAAUGAUACAUAA